AUGUCUCCAAGUGCUACAGAAGACUCGGGCGGCAGCACUGUUCCGAAUAGCAGCCUAUUUCAAGACCCCCGGCCAUAUGCGGGACGAGUAGCACUUAUCACCGGCUCCGGACGGGGUAUUGGGCGAGGAAUGGCCCUGGAGCUGGCAUCCCGAGGUGCCUCAGUGGUGAUCAACUACGCCAAGAGCGCGACAAAAGCAGAAGAAGUAGUAAAGGAGAUCAACAAGCUAGGCAGCAAGGCAAUCGCAAUCGGGGCGGAUGUCUCCAAGCCAGAGGAGAUUGUCCGACUUUUUGACGAAGCAGUGAAGCAUUUUGGCCGUCUGGAUUUUGUCAUCUCCAACUCAGGCGCUGAAGUUUGGCGCCGGGAGGAGGAUGUCACCCAAGAGGAUUUCGAUACCAUCUUCAACCUAAACUGCCGCGGUCAAUUCUUCGUCGCCCAACAGGGUCUCAAGCAUCUAGGCCGUGGUGGCCGUAUUAUCCUCAUGAGUUCCAUUGCUGCGAGCAUGAGCGGUAUCCCAAACCAUGCUCUGUAUGCGGGAAGCAAGGCAGCUGUUGAAGGUUUCACUCGAUCUUUUGCUGUUGAUUGCGGUGAGAAGGGUAUCACUGUUAAUGCCAUCGCACCCGGGGGGAUCAAGACUGAUAUGUUUGAUGAGAAUGCGUGGCACUAUGUGCCGAAUGGGUUCCCCGAGAUGUCAAAGGAGGUCAUAGAGGCUGGAAUUGCCAAAUUCUGUCCCCUGAAGAGAGUGGGCCAGACGUCGGAUGUUGCGAAGGCUGUUGCGCUCUUGGUGAGCCCGGAUAGCGAAUGGAUCAAUGGCCAAGUUAUCCGACUGAGUGGCGGCGGUGUCUGA